AUGUCAGUAACAAAACUGAUGAAAACGAGUUACGUAGUACAUGCUAUUGCUAUGAAAUUGAAUACGAAAUCAAAGCGAGAGAUUCCGAAAAAGCGAACGUUCGGGAUUCGAAAAUUGAGAUUGUCGAAAUGUCCAAGUGAAGUGAAGAGAACAGAAGCAUUGGGAUCUCACAUCUUUGAUACAGUGGGAAAUAGUAGGGUUACCGGUGACGGAGCCGUUGCUCGCCGGCAAUCGGAGGAAAUGGUCACCGGAAGUGGUGAGAUUCACCCGCUGCAUGGAAAACGGAAACCCAGAAUAGAAGAAAUAAAGAGAGACGCGUUAUCCCUUUAUGACCUCUAUCACACAACCACUUCCACCACGCCUCCUUUUCUCUCUCUCUCACACGCACACAACACAACUGCCAUACACCAACACUUUCCUUCUGAUCGAUUCUUCGAUCCUCUUCCGCAGUUGUCAACGCUAACUUCAUGUCUGGACUUUGUGUUUGAUGAAGUAGAGCUUUCACUGAGUUGUGAUAAAUUGAACGAAGCCUUGUUUUUCUUGAGUUUAGUCAAUAUAGUAGUGAUGGAUAAAGUUUCUGCUCCUUCAACAUGGGAACGUGCACAUCACCUUUAUGAAAAGAACCUUGAAUUGGAGAAUAAGCGAAGAAGAUCGGCUCAGGCACAGGUCCCAUCAGAUCCAAAUGCUUGGCAGCAGAUACGUGAGAAUUAUGAAGCAAUAAUUCUUGAGGAUCAUGACUUUUCUGAGAAGCAUAAUAUUGAGUAUGCUCUGUGGCAAUUGCAUUAUAAACGGAUUGAGGAAAUGAGGGCAUACUUUAAUGCUGCUCAUACUUCUGUAAGCUCAAAAUCUUCUCUGGGAGGGAAAGGCCCUGUUCGACCUGACCGGAUAACUAAAAUAAGGCUGCAGUUUAAGACUUUCCUUUCUGAAGCAACUGGAUUUUACCAUGAUCUUAUUAUGAACAUUAGAGCAAAGUAUGGGCUUCCACUUGGUUACUUUGAGGACUCAGAAAAUAAAAUUGUCAUGGAGAAGGAUGGAAAGAAAUCUUCUAAGAUGACAAAAGGUUUAAUAUCUUGUCACCGCUGUUUGAUAUACUUGGGUGACCUUGCUCGCUACAAAGGCUUAUAUGGUGGAGGUGACUCGAAAAAGCGCGAGUAUGCAGCAGCUUCUAGUUACUAUUUACAAGCUGCAUCUAUUUGGCCUUCAAGUGGAAAUCCCCAUCAUCAGCUAGCUUUGUUGGCUUCAUAUAAUGAGGAUGAGCUGACAACUGUUUAUUGUUAUUUUCGGAGUUUGGCUGUGGAUAGUCCAUUUUCAACUGCCAGGGAUAAUUUGAUACUUGCAUUUGAGAAGAAUCGCCAAAGUUACUCUAAGCUCUCUGGUGAUGUUAAAGCUCAUGCAGUCAAUGGAAGAGGAAAUGGAGAUGCAAAACUUGUCACCAGGGAUACUGGUGCGGAAACUUGUCAUAGAAAGGAAGGAACAUCCAAUAUACAGGACACUUACAAAUCCUUCUGCACACACUAUGUCCGUCUUAAUGGAAUCUUAUUCACUCGUACGAGCCUUGAGACCUUCGCCGAAGUUCUAUCUUUUGUCAUCGCAGACCUGUCUGAACUUCUAACAUCAGGGCAAGAUGAAGAGCUGAAUUUUGGCAUGGAUACUCUUAAGAACAAACUUGCCAUUAUCAGAAUUGUUUCCAUGAUCAUAUUUACAGUUCAUAAUGUGAAAAAUGAAUCUGAAGGUCAAACUUAUGCAGAAAUUGUACAGCAUGCUGUUCUACUUCAGAAUGCAUUCACUGCUACUUUUGAACUGAUGAGUUUAGUAGUAGAGAAAGGUAUGCAGCUGCGGGAUCCUUCUUGCAGUUAUCUCUUACCAGGCAUUUUGGUUUUCAUUGAGUGGUUGGCAUGCCAUCCAGAUAUUGCUGCAGGCAAUGAUGAAGAUAAUCAGUCAACUGUUAGGUCAAAAUUCUGGAAUCAUUGUCUAUCCUUCUUGAACAAGUUACUUUCAGUUUGGCCCAUGUGUGAAGAUGAAGAGGAAACUUGCUUUAAUAACAUGAGUAGGUAUGAAGCUGAGGAAACUGAAAAUCGGCUUGCUUUGUGGGAGGAUUUUGAGUUAAGAGGAUUUCUUCCAAUUCUCCCUGCACAAACCAUCCUGGAGUUUUCAAGGAAGAAUUCCCUUGUAAGUGACAGUGAAAAGGAAAGAAAAGCUCGGGUCAAAAGGAUUUUAGCUGCAGGAAAGGCUCUAGCAAAUGUUGUUAGGGUUGAUCAGAAAAUGAUAUGUUUUGACUCAAAGCGAAAGAAAUUUCUAGUUGGUGUUCAGCCUCAAAUCUCAGAUGAUUUUGUUGUUUCCUCCCUUUCAGGUUCACCUAGUGCAGACGUUUUUUUUAUUGACAAUACCGUAGCAGGCAAGGAAAAUGUGGGAAUUGGUUGUCCAGAUCACAAUCAGUAUAUCGAAGGAGAGGACGAUGAUGAGGUUAUUGUUUUCAAACCUUUAGUGGCUGAGAAACAAGCUGAUCUGGUGGUUGCCUCAUCACGGGUACCCCAUGAAGGCUUAGAAUCAGUUCCAAGAGCUUCUUUAGGGGAUAUAAAAUUUAAUGAUAAUUCUACUUCUAGCCCUCUCAAUGAUGCAAAUCAUCAAGUUUCUUUACCUCCUUCUGUCAGUACUAUGGGGCCUCAACACAUACUACCUGUUCAACCACAUUCUUUCAGGCAGUUAGAGGAGGAAAUAGCUAAUAGUUUGAAAGGUCUUAGAUUCUUGGAGAAUGGUCACGUGAUGAAACCUGACCUACCAUUUAAAGAAGCUGUAGCAGUCUCCGACCGUCCUGCACUUGCAGUUCCUACCCAGCAAUCUGUUAGUGAUGGUACUAGUAUGUUUUAUGCUCAUGAUCUCACAAAAGCUGAAGACUUUGCAAUAUCUUUCAAAGUUGAUGCCAAUGCAUCCACUGGAACAUUUGCUGAUAAUUCUGUUGUGAAAAUAUCGUCCACCUUGCAAGCGGGUUUGAAAAAAUCUCCUUGCAGUCGACCUUCUAGGCACCUUGGACCUCCUCCUGGCUUCAGUCAUGUUCCUCUUAAACAUGGUAUUGAGCCCAUUGUUUCAGGUUCGAUUAGUGGGAAUCCUAUUAUGGAUGAUUACAGUUGGCUGGAUGGAUAUCAGUUGCCUGCAUCAAACAAAGGUUUAUGUCCAAAUGGUCCCCUUACUUACUCCCAGUCAAAUUCUCAUCAAGUUGGUAACAAUGGUUUGAGUGGGACUGUCAGUUUUCCCUAUAAUGGAAAACAAACUCCAUCUCUGCAGGUGGAGAAACAGAAUGGUUGGCAAGAUCUUCAGACUUGUGAGCUUUUAAAAGCACACCAAAAUCAGCAGUUGCAGCCACAGGUUCUCACAAAAGGAAAUCAGCAUUUUACUCCACUUCCUGAGCAAUUCCAAGGACAAUCAAUCAUGCUUGAGUAA